GCAGCAUUGUGGUUGGUGCAGAUGUUUCGGUUGGCAUCGUGAAAUGAGUAUUGAGAAUGGAUAUGUGUGUCCCUUCAAAGCCUGGUCAUGCCGCCUCAUUCGGAGGGUAUGGUGCGAGUCCUCCCUCUGACGGUGAGGAGUGGGCAUUUGGUGCCUCACACGUCUCCGUCACGCUCGAGAUUGCCUAGUACACAGCAGGGAUGUUUGUAGGUUC